CUUUCCCCCCCCUUUUUUAUUUUUGUUUUGUUCCAGAAGGAGCUUAAUUCUGUUGCUUCCGAGCUGGCUGCGCGGCAGGAAGAGAGUGAACAUUCUCAUAAACAUUUAAUUGAACUCAGCCGGGAAUUUAAGAAAAAUGUACCUGAGGAAAUCAGAGAGAUGGUGGCUCCUGUCUUAAAAAGCUUCCAAGCCGAGGUGGUUGCACUCAGUAAAAGAAGCAAGGAGGCUGAGACGGCUUUCCUGAGCGUUUACAAGCAAUUAAUUGCAGCACCAGAUCCCGUUCCUGUCCUGGAGGCGGCGCGGAGCCUAGAAGACAGGCUGCGGCAGCUUCAGUGCCUCGACCCUGAGACCCCACCCCUGAAGGAGCUCAACCGGCAGUGGAAGAAGCCCCCUGAGCUUCUUGGCACCAAAGAGCAGAGAGAGGGAACGUCUCCAGCUGGGCUCACGGUGUCAGAGGGAACCAGGCUCGCGAGCAUCAACAGCAAAGCACUUUUCACAGAAACCUUGUUGCAGAGAAAUGAGGCAGAAAAACAAAAGGGACUCCAGGAAGCACAGAUCACUUUGGCUGCUCGGCUGGGGGAAGCAGAAGAAAAGAUCAAAGUGCUUCAUUCAGCGCUAAAGGCCACCCAGACGGAGCUGCUGGAGCUGCGGUGUAAAUAUGACGAAGAGGCAGCGUCAAAGGCGGACGAAGUAGCCAUGAUCAUGACCAACCUUGAAAAAGCCAAUCAGCGAGCGGAGGCUGCGCAACGGGAGGUGGAGAGCCUGCGGGAACAGCUAGCGUCUGUCAACAGCUCCAUUCUCCUGGCCUGCUGCUCUCCGCAAGGCCCCAGCGGGGACAAGGUGAACUACUCUAUGUGCUCGGGGGCCCGGCUGGAGGCGGCGCUGGCAGCCAAGGACCGGGAGAUCCUGCGGCUCCUCAAGGAUGUGCAGCAUCUGCAGAGCUCCCUGCAGGAGCUGGAGGAGUCCUCGGCCAACCAGAUCGCCGACCUGGAGCGGCAGCUGGCCGCCAAGAACGAGGCCAUCGAGAGGCUGGAAGAAAAGCUGCAGGCCCAGUCUGACUACGAGGAGAUUAAAACAGAGCUGAGCAUCCUGAAGGCGAUGAAGCUGGCCUCAGCCAACUGCAGCCUUUCCCAGGGCAUAUCCAAGUCAGACGAGGCCUUGCUGAUAGGGAAAGACUCCUACCCACCCCAGAAGUACCUCCUGGAGAAGCCCAGUCUCCUGGCCAGCGCUGAGGAGGAUCCCUCCGAGGACGAGUCGGUGAAGGACACGGAGCAGUCGUACCCCUCACCCCAGCAGCUCGCACUGCCCGCAUCGGAGGACCCUGCCUCCCCCGCCCCCGUCCAGCCUCUGCUGGGUCCCAGCACGGCCCCAGAAGGCCAAAGGACUUUCUCCAUGUCCCCCUUCCCCGGACUGGGUGCUAGUGACAGGCCACCGGCUGACCCCUUCCUCCCCAAGCAGCUGAUGCCGCCCGUGUACAAGAGCGAGAGUGGCGGCCUGCUGCCCUUCCCCUCCCCCUACUUCCCCACCAAGGGCAGCGUGCUGCCCGCCAACAGUGCCCCGCCGGCACCCACCGCACCUGCCAGUGACGCCAGCCCACCCAGCGACCAGUCGGAGGGAAGUAGCACGGGCUCGGCUGACGAGGAACAGCUGGACACGGCCGAGAUCGCCUUCCAGGUGAAGGAGCAGCUCCUGAAGCACAACAUCGGGCAGCGCGUCUUCGGGCACUACGUGCUGGGGCUCUCGCAGGGCUCCGUCAGUGAGAUCCUGGCCCGGCCCAAGCCCUGGCGCAAGCUCACCGUCAAGGGCAAGGAGCCCUUCAUCAAGAUGAAGCAGUUCCUGUCGGACGAGCAGAACGUGCUGGCGCUGAGGACGAUUCAGGUGCGCCAGAGAGGUAGCAUCACUCCACGGAUUCGAACUCCAGAGACCGGCUCUGACGACGCCAUCAAAAGCAUCCUGGAGCAGGCCAAGAAGGAGAUCGAGUCCCAGAAGGGAGGUGAAACCAAAAGCUCCACAGCCCCCCAGGUAGUCACCAAUGGCACCAGCACCAGCAACUCGGAGGACGCCAUUAAAAGCAUCCUGGAGCAGGCGCGGCGGGAGAUGCAGGCCCAGCAGCAGGCCCUGCUGGAGAUUGAGUCGGGCAGCAACGGCCGGCCCAUCCCCACCCCACCCGCAGAGCGCUCCACCUUGGCUGCCGUCAGCCAGAACAUCGUCCAGGCCUACAUCAAGCAGGAGGAGGGGGCGGUGGGUGCCAGCCCCAGCUCCACCCAGGCGUCGCUCACAGUCCUGUCCCCCGCCGCCUUCGUGCAGAGCAUCAUCCGCAAGGUGAAGUCCGAGAUCGGCGACGCCGGCUCCUACUUCGACCAGCACUGGGCUUCGGAGAGGAGCGUGCUGAACCGACCCUACACCGCCGUGUCCCCUUCGCUCUCCUCCUCCUCGAGCUACUCGAGCCUGGCCAACGGCCGGGCCUGGCCACGGGGGGAGCCGAGCGAGAGUGCCCCCACCGAGGAGGAGCUGGCCCUGGGGGAGGAGGAGCCCCACAAGACCACAGAGAUGAAGUCAGAAGGGGGCAGCUCAGAGCCGCAGAGCGCUGGCCGCCUCUCCUACUACCCUGCCUACGUGCCGCGGACGCUCAAGCCCACGGUCCCCCCGCUGACACCGGAGCAGUACGAGAUGUACAUGUACCGGGAGGUGGACACCUUGGAGCUGACCCGGCAGGUGAAGGAGAAGCUGGCCAAGAACGGCAUCUGUCAGCGGAUCUUCGGGGAGAAGGUGCUGGGCUUGUCCCAGGGGAGUGUGAGCGACAUGCUGUCCAGGCCCAAGCCGUGGAGCAAGCUGACUCAGAAGGGCCGGGAGCCAUUCAUCCGGAUGCAGCUGUGGCUCACGGAUCAGCUGGGCCAGGGGAUCAGCCAGCAGCCCAACCCAGCCCAGGCCAGUCCUGGAGACACCCAGUCGUCCCCCUCGCCGCCCCCCAGCCCUUCGGAGCAUGAGAAGACCCCCCAGGAGCCGCUCACCCUCGCCCUGGAGAGCAGCAAGGAGAACCAGCAGCCGGAGAGCAGGUCAGGCUCCGCGCUGGGUGGGAAGACGUACCCCAGCAGCCAGGGCCCCAUGGGCAUACAAGAGAUCGUCGCCAUGUCUCCCGAGCUGGACACCUACGCCAUCACCAAGAAGGUCAAGGAGGUGCUGACAGACAACAACCUAGGCCAACGGCUGUUCGGGGAGAGCAUCCUGGGCCUGACGCAGGGCUCGGUGUCCGAUCUCCUCUCCAGACCCAAGCCCUGGCACAAGCUGAGCUUGAAGGGGAGGGAGCCUUUUGUCCGCAUGCAGCUCUGGCUCAAUGACCCGCACAACGUUGAGAAGCUGCGCGACAUGAAGAAGUUGGAGAAGAAAGCGUAUCUGAAGCGUCGCUACGGGCUGAUCAGCGCCAGCUCGGACAGCGAGUCGCCGAACGCCCGCUCGGAGUGCGCCAGCCCCAGCCUCCAGCCCCAGGACCUCAGCCUCCUCCAGAUCAAAAAGCCCCGUGUGGUGCUGGCACCGGAGGAGAAGGAGGCCUUGAAGAAGGCCUAUCAGCUGGAGCCCUACCCCUCGCAGCAGACCAUCGAGCUGCUCUCCUUCCAGCUCAACCUCAAGACCAACACGGUCAUCAACUGGUUCCACAACUACAGGUCUCGGAUGCGCCGGGAAAUGCUGGUGGAAGGGUCCCAGGAUGACACGGACCUGGAGCAGGGUGGCUGCGGGGGCACCUCACUGGCCGGUAGCUCGCUCCGAGGCACCAACCCGCAGAGCCCCGAUUCAGAGGCGGAGGACAGGAAGCCGGUCUUCAGAGAUGCGGAGCCCCGGCGGUCAAGCGAGGCCCUGGUCCAGGUCAAACAGGAGCAGCCGGAGCCCGGGGAAAAAGGCGAGUGUUACAAUCACUGGGACUUGUGUGGCCUGGACAGGGAGCCGGAGCUCGUGGCCACAUCCAUUCAGCAUCCCAGCCUCAAGGAAGAGCAGGAUGAUACCACGUGUGCGGGGGCCUCCCAGAGGGCCCCCCCCAGCACCACCAGCCUCCCACGGAGCAGCAAUGCAUCCAGCAAGGCGCACGCAGCUGGGACUGCCGACUGCUCCACCCAGCACGUGCCCCAGGAGCCGGAGGGUGGGGAGAGGCUGCAUCCUGACCCCAUUAGCUUUAAAUCUGCCUCGGAGUCCUCCCGCUGCAGCCUGGAGGUCUCCCUGAACUCUCCCUCGGCAGCUUCCUCUCCAGGCCUCAUGAUGUCCGUCUCGCCGGUCCCCUCCUCCUCCGCUCCCAUCUCCCCAUCACUGCCAAACACCGCCUCUGCCAAAGUGCAGAGUUCGAGUCCCGCCACAGACACAGGCUCGUUACAGCAGAGCACGAAGCUGAACACAAACAUCCAGCGGAGGCACGAGAAGAUGGCCAACCUCAGCAACAUCAUCCACCGGCUAGAGCGGGCCGCGAACCGAGAAGAGUCGCUGGAGUGGGAGUUCUGACCCGCGCCUCCGCGCCCCGUGCCCGGGGAUCUGCCCAGCCCUUUGGGCUGCCGAUGAGUGCGGGCGUCCUGGAGUGCACGUACACACACAUAUAUAUAUUUUGUUAAUUAUAUCACGUACUGACAACAGAAGAGAAAACCCACUGGGUUCAUGAGAAAGCGAAGGGAAAGCUCAGCCUUUGUCUUCUGCCUCUUGGCCCUCCGUGGAAGGGGACAACGAAACCCAAGCAGAACAGAUGCCCCGUCUUUGUUUUAAAUGUGAAAAACUGGGAACACUUUUAGAAAAAAAAAUAUUUAUAGACCUCUUUUAGAUAUUUUAAUAAAAGGAUACUUUGGAAUUUAUUAACAGCUUAAGCUGCUUUGAUAUUAAAGAUAGCUAUAAAAUCAAGAUGAUGUAGCAGUUGUGUCAUUAAAUGUACACUGAAGUCUUGUAGUUUGCCACUGGAUGAGAUUAAAAACAAAAAAAAAAAAAAGACUUACUGAUCAAAGCCAUCAAGAAGCACUAUGAGACUGACCAAAUUUAAUAAACUUUUGAAUAGCGGUUUUUCCACAUUUGUCUGUAAGACACUGCAUUACUUGCCCUUUGCAGAGACUAUGUUAUAGUCUGUGAAGACUCUAAAUUGAAAACCUGGAUGCCAUCAAGUAUGUACUUAGUCCUGGUGGUAUGUUUUGAAACCUUUGUAACACAGAAUGUCACGUGCAGUUGUAUAUGUUGUAGAAAUGUCUGCAGUAGCCUUCCUGAACAAGAUGUAGCAUGGCACAUAACUCCUUACACUUCCUCUAGAUAGUAACCUGUGAUAACCCAAAACGAACGGAUCAGUGACAGCUGUUGGCGGCAAAGCUCUCUGUCCCUUGGCAAGAGCCAGUGAAAGCACCCGCGGCUCUGAUCUCGAGAGAGAAGGCACAGGCGCCCGGGUGUGCACAUCUUCGACGUGUCCCAUUCGACAGUAACAAACUUCGGCGGCGCUCACGACCGCACCACAUCUUAUGCAUCCGCUCCAGUGCUGCAGGGAGCACCAGCCAGCAGGAUACCCUCACUCUGCAGCCUUGGUCUAUUUGAAGUGAGAGGCCUCUGAGUUCAAAGCCUUCGAGGGUCAGCGCUUAAAGGACGAGCCCUAAAAAGAUACAAACCGCCGGCUCGCCUCCGGGACCCGAACGGACUUUGGGUUGGUUUGUUUUCACUUUAGUCGAAUCCAGCUGGCACGGCUGAAUCAGCACCUUUUUGGUUCCUAGAGUUAGGGCCACGGAGAGAGCGCCCGGGAGUGAGGAUCAGCCUCCGGGGCGGCUGUUGAAAUGUCACCUUUCACAUCAGUCCUGGACUGCUCUCUGCCGAAGCGACAGGAGACAGGCCCUGACCCCGCUCAGCACAGGGCAGGACGCCUCGGCCCAGAAAAGGCCUGCUUCCACCUCGGUCGCACGCGGACAGUGCCGGCCAUUUCAAAAAUUGCUCGCUGGCCCCUGCACUGCCCCAGUGCCUCCCUGGGCUUCGGUGGCGGGUCCUUGGUGAUGGAGCCGGGCCCCAAUUCAGCAAAGCACUUUUAAGCAGGUGCCUUGACUUGGAGGGGGGAAGGGGGAGGUUCAUCACAUGUGCAGAGUGAACUGUAAGCUGCUUGCUGCCUUGGCGCCCCAGGCCCUGACCCAAAGCCCACGGGAGACAGUCUUCUGGCUGAUUUCAGCGGGCACCGGGUCAGACCCGUGGCACCACCUGGAAGGAGAGGAGCCCAGAUCUCCGUGCUACGAGUCGCCCCUGGACCGCGCGGUUCUCCCUGCCCUUGCUGCGAUGGGCGGACUGAGAUUUCUCUCUACCCACCCCUGUGAUCUAGCCCCAGCUUAUGCAAAUGCCUUUGAGAGACGCAUCCGUGGGUCGUGUUGGUUUGCUCUGUAUUGUUUUGUUUUGUUUAGGGGUUUUUUUUAAUGCAUUUUGCAAGCGCCGAAGUACAGCAUGCAAGGGACUGCCCCACCCCACUCGGACUGCCACCCCCGCUGACACUCGACAGGACAGGAGCGCGCGUCCUGCAGGCACUGAGGCUAUGCAUCGAACAGUUCCCCACUGGACACGUUUUUAUCAGAAGAGAAGGUAUUUUUAUACUCGGGUGGUAGUUAAUGACCAAUUUUAAAAACAACUCCGUUCGCCUCCAUGCAAGGCCCAGAUCCCACCUGCCACGUUGUAGCGACGGUAGCCCUGUCCAAACAAGUGAGAGCUUGUCCGACGCAAUGAUUUUUACUGGUUCAACCCCAACACGCCAUCGAAGGUCUAGGCAUUCGCAUUGACUACUGUUCUUCUUAGUGUGCUAGUGUUAGCUUUAGUGGAACGGGAUUUGAUGAAGCACUUAGCAUAGUCUUUCCGAACACCGAAAUCCUGUUGUACUAAAAGCUAGUGGGACAUGUUGAUCACAUUUUGUUAGGCUCAUGUACUGUACUUCAAAAGUUUCUAUGAGAUUGAUGAACUUUGUUAAAAAUUUUAAAAAGGAACAAGUUCUGUAAAGAGCCACUAAAUACAGAAGUUGUAUAAUAA